UUUUUUUAAGUAAUUCAUUUUGUAUCAUACUUACAUUGUUAUUGUGAGCUAUACACCAUUCCAUAUCAACACAGACACUUUUAUUUGGAAAUCCUGUAAACUAUCUAUCAUGGUGGGAUUCUGUGAUAUUAUUUAAAGCUCAUAUAGUAUAUAUGAUAUAGCAUAUUAGUAAGAGGGAAAUUGAGAAAGGUCAACUUCAUUGUUCAGAAAAUAAUAUUUGUUGUUGUUUACACUUGUUUUGAUGUUUACAGUAAUACUGACUUCAUAUUUGUGUCAUCUAAUUUUUUUAUUUUACACCACGCCACGGUUUAAGUAGCGUUUGCACUAGCAUAGUACCUGGUACCAGCUACUAUUUUUAGUACCUGGUUCCAAAAGCGUGCUGAGUAGGUACUAUGCAAUGAUUGGCUGCCGGCCAUGGACUGGCCAGAGUGCCGUCCCAGGAAGAGACGUCCCACACACAAAUCCCGCCGAACAGCACCGAACUGUAGAUCACUUAAAACUACUUAACGAUCCUAAAAACGUGGGUUAAUCUCCAACAACUACAGGAGUCUGGUGUAAAGUCACUAGUCACUCGUGUGUGUGUGUGUGUGUCGCGUAUAAAACGAGUCGUGAUGACUCCGCCCACAUUAAGUAGGUACUUUUUGUAGUGGAGAUGCAACCUAAUCGUGCCGAGGCGAGUAGAGCUGGUGGAAAUAUGCCAUUAAUGUUCUCUGAGUUGAUGUGCUGCUAUUACAGGUUGUUGCCACUAGUGUGUGCUAUGGUGCCAUGAAAAGGGAAGAAGAGAGAGAAACCGGUCAAUUCUUACAUUUACACCCAUGUUGCAAUAUUGAUUCCGAGGGGAGCUGUUUGCCGAGUAGGUGUGGUGGAACAGCUCUGACCUGCCCUGUGAUUGGUCAGAAUCUAGAUAUUAGAAAUAGAUGUUAGUUGUUGUGAGGCUGUGAACAGAGCCCAGAAGGUGUGUGGACAUGUACUUCUCUCGCUCAGAUCUCUCAAUUUAUAUUUUGCUGGAAAGCUUUUGAUCGUUCUAUGUUCUGUACCAAGUAAGAGAGUAUGUACGAUGGUUCUGUAGAGAGUGAAGUUUGACUAAAAAGUUGCAAAAUCUGUUUAAAAAGUAUUUGCAAUGAAAUAUCCACCCCAAAUUAUUUAACCCUAAGUCCCAGUCAGCUUAACCUCACUUUGCCUCACUAUGUCCUGCAGCCAGGACGUAUACUGCCUGGAGCACAUGAGCCACUCUGCAGGCACCAGCAGGCAGAAAACAGAGAGUGAUGGAGAGCGGCGUCUCAUUGGAUCUUCAUCUGGGGACCCCAACGCAGGUGGAGAUCCCAAGGACCAAGAUGCACCUACGACGACAUUUGUCUACGUCUUGGCAUUUUUCUCCGCCCUGGGAGGAUUCCUCUUUGGCUAUGACACUGGGGUGGUGUCCGGGGCCAUGCUGCUCCUCAAGAAGGAGAUGAACCUGAACGUUCUCUGGCAGGAGCUGCUGGUCUCCAGUACGGUCGGAGCUGCAGCACUCUCUGCCCUGAGUGGGGGCUACCUGAAUGACUGGCUGGGGCGCAAGAUUUGCAUCCUUAUUUCCAGUUUCAUCUUCGCCAUUGGAAGCAUCAUAUUGGGUUUAGCCCCAGAUAAGGUGGUCCUUCUUGUUGGCAGGAUCAUAGUUGGUCUGGGGAUAGGUAUUGCCUCAAUGACCGUUCCUGUUUACAUCGCUGAAGUUUCCCCGUCUCAGCGGAGAGGUCAGCUGGUCACCAUAAACUCCCUCUUCAUCACUGGUGGUCAGUUAGUUUCCAGUUUGGUGGACGGAGCGUUCAGCUUCCUGAGGCAUGACGGCUGGAGGUACAUGCUGGGACUGUCCAUUUUCCCAGCUUUGCUGCAGUUUUUUGGCUUUUUCUUCCUCCCCGAAAGCCCCCGCUGGCUUCUCCAAAAGGGUCGCAGGUCAGAGGCCCGUCGCGUUCUCAUCCAGAUCAGAGGAGGCCAGAACGUCGAUGACGAGUACGACGCCAUUCGAACCAGCAUUGAGGAAGAGGAGAGAGAGGCAGGAGCAGGAGGCUUCGUCAUUUUGAAGAUUCUUGGUCACGGACCGACUCGCCGGGCUCUCUUCGUCGGCUGUGGCCUUCAGAUGUUUCAGCAACUGUCUGGGAUAAACACCGUCAUGUACUACAGUGCAACCAUUCUGCAGAUGGCCGGGGUGCGGGACGAUAAACAGGCCAUCUGGUUGUCGGCUGCAACCGCUGCAACCAACUUUUUGUUCACGCUGGUCGGAGUCUGGCUUGUGGAGAAAGUGGGUCGCAGGAAGCUGACCCUGGGCAGUCUUUUCGGUACUGGGCUGAGUCUGGCUUUGUUGGCAGUCGGGUUCCUGCUGUCUUCCCAGAACUCCCCGCCUGUGACCCUCCACCCAGUCGACUCUCAGAACUCAACCUGCAGACAGUACGGGUUCUGUGAGCCGUGCAUGUUGGAUCCAAGCUGUGGAUUUUGUUAUCGUGAAAACGCAACCCAAGUGUUCGACUCCUCCUGCGUUCCCGCCGGUCAAUCGUCCACAGAUCAUGCAGCGUGGGGAAGAUGCUCCAACAUGACAGAGGGAAAUGACAGUGCAAUCUGGGCCUAUAACUACUGUCCCACAUCCUACUCCUGGGUCGUCCUGAUUGGCCUCAUUCUCUACCUUGCAUUCUUCGCUCCAGGUAUGGGUCCGAUGCCGUGGACAGUGAACUCUGAGAUCUACCCACUGUGGGCUCGCAGCACUGGCAACGCCUGCUCGGCGGGGGUCAACUGGAUCUUCAACGUCCUGGUGUCUCUGACGUUCCUCCAUGCCGCCGAGUUUCUGACCUAUUAUGGGGCGUUCUUCCUGUACACAGGCCUGGUGGUGCUGGGUCUCUUCUUUGUCCUGGGAUGCCUCCCAGAAACUAGGGGCCUACAGCUGGAGGACAUUGAGAACCUGUUCUCCGGUCCGCUCUGCUCCUGCGGAGCCUCGGCACCUAACAGCAACCGCGAGGUCCACUACGUCCGGGUAAAAGGCAGCAACCGCCUCCUUUCUGACACUGAUGCCUCAGACGUAGACUAGGAAGUCUUUACUUCCACUCUGGCUUCUUCUUGUUUUUUCUUUUUUUAACACUGUUGGGUUGACGUAAGGGAAAGACUGUCCAUACGGGGAAGAGGAAAGGUGGCCAUGUUGCUCUCUGGUGGCUGCAGUGGACCAUGAGCAAAAAAAAUAAUAACUAAAAUGAAUAACUAUAACUGGUAUUUCCUCUUGCUCCGGGGACUGUCUGUUUUCCUCUGUUUCUCCGUUUACUGUCCUUCCGCUUGAGUCGUGUCGCUUAAAGUUACACUUCUGUCCACAACCAAGGGUGCCUGAAGCCCAAAAACAUUCCAAAUAUUUAUCUUUGUGUUGGUCAAACUGAUUAUUUUGUUUAACCUAUUUCAGGUUUUCUGAAGUUUGGUUCUAUGAGGUACUGACACGGACAGCAUGGGUUUUCUUUUUAUGCAUUGUUUUAGAUUUGCACAUAUAUUUCAUACAUUGGCGUGAGAGACAGUGACUAAACCACACGACUGAAAAUCUUCAGUUCGUUUCACAAUGAGCAGAUACUGUGAUGGGUGACGGGACUGAUUGGUACAAUAACGUACCGUCCUCUGAGCUAAAUCUCAAAGCUUUCCUUUCUGAAUUUCCUCUCUGGAUUAAGAAUUAAGAAAGGUAAAUCUUACUUGGUUCCGUGCCAUCAACUUUGAUCUGUAUUUCAUACAAUUUGAGUCAGAUAUGAACAAUGUGGCAGCUAAUCGGUAUAUGGUGCUCUCCUUUUUAUACGUAUACAUGAAUUUAUGUUUUUUUUGCUCAAAGUAAAAUGUUUCCUCUUGAGUGACUGAAACAAGUGAUGCAAAUUUUGCAUCUUUUCCACGUCGUCCAGUGCAAAAAUCCUUGCUUGUAUCUAUGAAUUAAAUCUUAUGGUCAUUGUUCUCUGUCAGUGCACUAAACAGGGUUCCCCAAUGUGGAGGAGCGUGGACAUUAGUGUAUCUGUAGAUUCUGUGGAGUGGUGUGGAGUGGGUUGCCAUUGUACGUUCCUGCAAACACACUUGGAAAAAUAUUUAUAUGACAUGUAUGAAAGGUCAAAAGCUAAAAUUCAAACACUUUUGUCUGCACAAACGUAACACACUGUCGCUGUCGACGCUGCACAAACCUUGCAUAUUAUCGCAAACUGGGGGGGGAGGGUGUACAGUCAGCUCUGUCAAACACUGUCAUCCAAGCUGAUAUUCCUGUCAUUGGCUCACUGUAUAUUGCAAAACCCAUUGACGGAUGUAAAGGGUGAACAACAGUAUUCCAUUUUUUUGUUGUUGUUAUUUCUAAUUUCUUAAAGUGUUUGCAGAAAAAGUCAAAUGGCAACAUUUUUCGCUGAGAAACCAGGUUGUGAUUUUCUCUGAAAAUCUGUGUUGGUGUAAAUGAAUCAGGUGGUGGUUGUGGACUCUCUGGGAGGAGCGAUUGCACCUUUGUCUUAUAGAAUUAAAAAGAUGAUUUCGUGUCA